AUGAGGAUGGCGGUAAAGAGUUCGGAAUCGUUGGAAGCCGGUGGCGGAGAAGCUGGCGCUGUGGUGGUGGUUGGAGUGAAGGUGGACUCUCGGAGUAAAGAGUUGCUAACUUGGGCGUUAGUUAAGGGGGCGCAGAGUGGCGAUCGUGUUAUCGCUCUGCACGUUCUCGAUCCCAACGUCGAUGAAUCGGAUUUUCUUUCGCUGGUGAAGGCUUUUGAUUCCAUGCUGGCUGCUCAUGAAGGUUUCUGCAACCUAAAACAGGUGGAUUUAAAGCUCAAGGUCUGUAAAGGAUCUCCAGUUCAUAAAAUCAUUCUCCACGAAGCAAAAUCAUGUGGAGCAACGAGUUUAAUUGUUGGUACUUCAGGAGUUGAUCACAAAAUUAGAUCAAGGACCUCAGUUGCCAAGUAUUGCUCCAGGAAUCUUCAAAAAAAUGUAGUAUCAGUUAUAUGCAUCAACAAUGGCAAGAUUGUUUUUGGUGGAGAAUCAAAUGCUUCAUGCGUCCCGUUGCUUGGAAGAGUUGAUGUCAAGCGACCACGAUCAAGGAGGAAGAAAUUGUCCAAAAGCCCUCUGAGUCUGCCACCCCAGAGACUCUCAACAUCGUAUAGCAAUGAAAGUCAGAAUGUUUCAAUGGCUAUGGUAUCCGUAAAAACACGGGAAAGGCCUGAAUCUAAAUCAGGAUGGGCAGUAUUGCGCAAGUUUUUUUGUCAUGGACUGAUACUGCCUGAAUCUUCAUCUGGUAAGAAGUCAUCUGUGUUGCGACGGAUAUUGAGUUUACCGAGUCGACUAUCAGAUGCAGCUAUUUAUCCGGAUCAGAAACCGACUAGUACAUCUGAAUGCCUAACAAAUCUGGACCCAGCAAGGGGAGAUAUUGUACCGUACUCAGUUGAUAAUAAUUCUAAUCUAUUUUCAUCUAAGAUCUUCUCGGAAGAACUCAAUGCUCUUACAGAGAAGUACUCAGCUACAUGCCAACUGUUUAGCUACCACGAGCUCUUGUUAGCUACGAAUAACUUCAUACCUGAAAAUCUGAUCGGAAAGGGUGGAUGCAGUCGUGUUUAUCGAGGCUGUCUACCAGGAGGCCAGGAAUUGGCUGUCAAGAUACUAAAACCAUCAGAAGAUACACUAAAGCAAUUUGUUACAGAAAUUGAAAUGAUUUCAUCGUCCAAUCACAAGAACAUAAUUUCCUUAGUUGGCUUCUGUUUUGAAGAGAACAAAUUACUAUUGGUUUAUAAUAUUCUUUCUAGAGGGAGCCUGGCAGAUAAUCUCCAUGGUGCUGAAAAGUCCAAAAACUUCUUUGGUUGGGACAUGAGGUACAAGGUUGCCGUGGGAGUUGCAGAGGCGCUGGACUACUUACAUAGUUCAGCCGAACCAAUUAUUCACAGAGAUGUGAAGUCUUCAAAUAUUCUUCUUUCAGAUGACUUUGAACCAAAGCUGUCGGAUUUUGGCCUUGCAACUCGGGCUUCAAGUUCACAUCAUAUGUGUACCUCAGAUGUAUCUGGCACAUUUGGCUACUUGGCUCCGGAAUAUUUUAUGAAUGGGAAGCUAAACGAGAAACUUGAUGUCUAUGCUUUUGGGGUUGUACUUCUGGAGCUAUUAACGGGAAGAAAGCCGAUUAAUGAUGGAUCUCCAAAGGGCAAACAAAGCUUGGUGAUGUGGGCAAAAGACAUUCUGAAGAAUGGGAAAAUCUCAGAACUCCAAGACCCAGAGUUGGUUGAUGCUUAUGACCAAGAACAAUUUGAUAUUAUGGUCUCAGCUGCAACCUUGUGCACCAGACACGCGCCACAAUCUCGUCCUGAAAUCAGCCUCGUCCUCAAACUUCUUCAAGGUGAUCCAGCAGUGGGCGAGUGGGCUAGGCAGGAAACCGAGACUUGUGAGGACUUAAAUAUGAUCUAUAACGAACAAUCCGCUACAGAGAUCCAGUCCUUCAUAAACCUCGCUUUGCAUGAUUUAGAAGAUGAUUCCACCUCCUCUAUCAGCACCGAGCUGAACAUAUCCGUGGAGGAUUAUUUGGGGAGUCGUUGGAGCCGUUCAUCAAGCUUCAGUUGAAAUGUACAGCAUAAACAGGUUGAUUCGACCAUGUACAUAGAUACAGAGGCUUCAUUUGUUAGAGGUAUUGGAUGAGAUGAUCCAAAUGGGUUUCGACCCAAUAAACAAAAAUUUUCAAAGGACGCAUUAUGGUGGAAUCGAACCCGAGACCUUUGGCCUCAAGCACUAAUCACUCAUAUAGUGUUUAGCGUAGCCAAAUUUUCAGGUCUCUUUCUUCGUACAGCAAAAGUUGGUCGACUGCGUGAAGGAUUGCCAAACUAAUGCAGUUAAAUGGGUAUAAUUCUCAGACACAGGUACUACUUACUGAGUAGAUGUAAGUUGUUUGUUGUGUUUAGGCUAGAACUUGUCUACAUUUUAAAUAUACAGUUAGUUAGGAUUUGUGAAUCUUUAGUUGUUAGAAUCUUAUAUUGAUGAUUACUAGAA